CACCUACGUAUAUAGAGUUGUUAAAACAGAUGACAGCGAUAUUUUUUGUUGUCGUAAAAGUUUUUUAGUAAAAGAGCAUGGGUCUUGUUUUUUGAAGAAAAAUUUCGUUGUUUCUAGUUAUUUACAUGUACUGAAUUUAUAAUGGACAAUCUUAAUUUGUAUAUCGUUUCCUGUUGUUUCAAGUCAUUUUCAAGAGAUUGUUUCAAGAUGUAAUUGUUAGGGGAAACGCAUUGACAAAUUUGAUUAAAUAUUAUAUAAACAGUUUAAGCGUAUUCUAGUCAGUACAUCAAUAUACAAAUUAAGAGCAGAAUGUUAUCCGGAGAGGAAGAUCCAGUUGAAGAAGAGGCUAAUAGAGGACAUUUGUCGUUACCCUCUAUGUAUCAUGAACUAUCAAACCGCCGAAAAGACAUUCUGUUGGAAUUACUAGCAGAAAGUGAAACAUUACAGAAAGUUUUAGAAACCGCGAAAUCGGCAGAUGUAAAUUUUGUGAAAGACAAACAUUCCAAGUGGCUGAACUUGUAUGAAAAGUUCCUAGAAAUUAACACUAGUUACCAGGCAUUAUUGUCACCUGAUGCGAUUAAAAUAGAUCAGAGUCAACUGAAGCACGAAAGGGACAGAUUUGAAAAUAUUAAACUGUCUAUAUGUUCUUGGUUCUCAAAUAAUAAACCAGAUGACACGAGAUCCCGAAUUUCACAUUUUUCUGGAAGGAGCGGCAGAAGCAAUAUGUCGGCAUUAUCCUCUUCAAAAUUGCGCGAAUCGACAAGAAAGGCUGAAAUAUUAGAGCGUCAAGCUGCCUUAGAAGAAGAGGAAAAGUUAGAAGAAGAAAAACUUAAGUUAAAGUUCAAGGAAGAACGGUUGAAAUUAAAAACUGAAAUACGCGUUAGUGACGCAAAAUCAAAGGUUAUAGAAGAUCUUGAAAAGAGUAUGCUUUAUGACGAUGAAGUUGAGCAUGACAUUAAAGUUACAAGGCAAAAGGAAAAAUAUGUACUUCCUGAAAGUCCAAUCAAAAUUGUGCAUGAAUCUGAAAAUGGGCUUCUUAAAAUGACGCAGGAACUGAACAAGCCUAAAGUAGAAAUUAUAAAGUUCACGGGAAAUCCAAUGGAGUAUAAACGAUUCGUCAGACAAUAUGAUGCGAAAGUGAAUAAAAACACUGACUCGUAUGAUGAAAAAAUGAACUACUUACUCCAGUUUACUACAGGUGAAGCUUAUAAGAUAGCCUUGGGAUAUUCACAUCUAAACGCAAGAGUGGGAUAUAAUGCUACCAUGAAAGAAUUUGAGGAUCGCUAUGGAGACCCUGACAUUGUUGCCAAUAGUUACGUUAAAAAGGCUUUAGAAUGGCCUAUUGUAAAGGACGAUCCGAAGGCACUGGACUCGUACAGCAUAUUUUUAAUGGAGUGUCAGUAUGCAAUUGAAAACGUAGAUGCUGCACGUGUACUUGAAUAUCCAGAAAACAUUAAGUCAAUUGUGAAAAAAUUACCGUAUUCAUUACAAGAGAGGUGGAGAAAUACAGUUUACAACUUAAAAGAAAAUAGUAAAGCAGUCAAGUUUGAAAACUUAGUAAACUUUGUUCGCAGAGAGGCCAAAAAGGCAAAUGACCCUCUAUACGGGAAGUCCGUAAUGUCUCAACAAGGUACCAGUGGUGCUGCAGGUAACAAACAUCGUCCGCUUCAGCGAAAGGCAUUAGGAACAAAUACACAAAUAAAUUCUAGUCCGACACCAAAAUGCGACUUCUGUGAAAGGGAUCACUGGAUAAGUUCGUGUACGGGACUGAAUAAUAAACCACUUAAGGAAAGAUAUGACUUUCUGAAGUCAAAGGGUUUGUGCUACGGUUGCUUACGGAGGGGACAUCAAAAAUCGGUAUGUCGGAAAAAACUAACAUGCAGUCAUUGCAGUGGGACCCACCCAUCUAUAUUACACGUUGAUCCGCGCCCAGUAUCAAAUGCCCAAGAACCAACAGUCACAACAACCUCGGGGGCUACGGCUAUGGGGGCUGGAUAUCGACAAGUGUUGCCCAUUGUGCCUGUUAAGAUAAAAUCUAAGGACAGCAAUAUCGUUGUAGAAUCAUAUGCGUUUCUUGACACGGGUAGCACUUCUACAUUUUGUGCAGAAAAUUUGCUUGAUAAAUUAAAUGUCACUGGCAAAGGGCGGAAAGUUACAAUUCAAACAAUCACUGAAAAACAAACUCAUAACUGUCUCGCUGUUACAGGUUUAGAAAUUUGGUCCUUAGAUGGGUCCACGGUCAUUGAUUUACCGAAAGUGUAUUCACAGCCAAGUUUACCCGUAUCGUCGAGAGAUAGGAUAACAAACGCAGAACUCGAACAAUGGACUCAUUUGAAAGAUAUUAAGUUAGACCAAAUCGAUUCCGAAGUUGAAAUCCUGAUCGGUGUUGAUGUACCGAGAGCGUUAGAACCAUGGGAUGUCGUUCCUAGUGUUGACAAUAGCCCGUUUGCGAUGAAAACAAUUUUUGGUUGGGCAAUUUAUGGUCCUAUAAACUGUGGUGAUAAUGAUCUUGAAUGUUCAAAUGCAUUCUCAGUGUCAUGUAACUUUGUUCAGACAAGUCUAGACCAGCAAGUGAGAGAUAACUUUAAUUUAGAUUUUAGUGAACGAAUCAUAGACGAUGUCCAGGAGCAUUCGCGAGAAGAUAAACAGUUUCUAGAUAUAGUGGCAGGGUCUGCCAAGUUAGAAAAUGGACACUAUGUAAUAAACUUGCCGUUCAAGUCUAAGGACAUACAAAUGCCAAAUAACAAGAAAGUUGCAUACCAUCGUCUUGCACUUUUGAAAAAUCGCUUUGAAGGGGACAGUAAGCUUUACGGUGAAUAUCGUGAAUUCAUGGACAAAGUCAUUGAAAAGGGUUAUGCUCAGCCAGUCCCUGAAAAUAACAUAGAUCAACCAGGCAGAGAGUGGUAUUUGCCACAUCACCCGGUCCGUCAUCCAAAGAAAGAUAAGUUAAGGGUUGUUUUCGAUUGUUCGGCGCGCUAUCAAGGAACAUCUCUAAAUGACGAGCUAUUACAGGGACCCAAUUUGACUAAUACACUCGUGGGUACUUUACUACGAUUUCGUCAGGAAGAAGUUGCUAUUAUGGGUGACAUCGAAAGCAUGUUUUACCAGGUUCGCGUUAAUCAAAGUGAUGCAAGCUUCUUGAAAUUUCUAUGGUUCGAAGAUGGGGACGUAAACAAGAAAGUUGUCGAGUACCAGAUGGCUGUUCAUUUAUUUGGGGCUAAAUCUUCCCCGAGUUGUGCCAAUUAUGCUUUGAGGGAAACCGCGGUCAAUCACGGUAGUAACCAUGACAACGAAGUGACUAAGACAAUACUAAGAAAUUUCUAUGUUGAUGAUUGCCUCAAGUCAGUGCCAAAUGUUGAAGUUGCGAAAUCUUUGGUAAAUGAUCUUCAACAAGUUUUACUAAAGGGAGGUUUUCGUAUUCAUAAAUGGCUAUCCUCGAGUCGUGACGUGAUGUCAACCAUUCCAUGUAGAGAUAGAGCAGUUGAUCUGGAUCUGAACUAUGAUACUUUGCCAAUUGAUCGCGCAUUAGGUAUUCAGUGGUGUGUAGAAUCUGACAAGUUCUGUUUCAAAAUUGACAUUAAGAACAAACCAUUAACGCGACGCGGCAUGCUCUCGAUGCUAAGUUCCGUAUAUGAUCCGCUUGGCUUUCUGGCUCCGUUAAUGUUACAUGCCAAAAACAUACUCAAGGUUCUCUGUGCAUCGAAUCUAGGCUGGGACGACCCAGUUCCUGAUGAACUAGCGAAAAGAUGGGCUCUCUGGAUCAAUGACAUGUACAAAUUGUCCGAAUUCUCAGUGGCUAGAUGCCUAAAACCAGAAGGUUUCGGUGAGGUAAAGUCGGCUACUUUGCAUCACUUCUCGGAUGCUAGUGAGAUUGGCUACGGUAUUGUUAGUUACAUAAGAUUAAUCAAUAAAGAUAAUCGUGUUCACUGUGCCUUUGUGAUUGGCAAAUCUCGCGUUGCUCCAAUGAAGCAAAUAACAGUACCUAGAUUGGAGCUUACGGCAGCAACAGUCGCGGUGCGAACUGACAAGAUGUUAAAGUCAGAAAUUGACAUUAAAUUAGACGAAUCUGUGUUUUGGACAGAUAGUAUGGCUGUACUACGGUAUAUUGAAAACAAUUCUGCAAGGUUCCAGACCUUUGUGGCUAACAGACUUUCUGUGAUUCAUGAUGGUUCAAAUCCGGAGCAAUGGCGUUAUAUUCCAACCAAGAUAAAUCCUGGCGAUAUCGCCUCCAGGGGCAUAAUGGUAGACGAGUUAAACAAAAACUGGAUCAUAGCACCAGACUUCCUAUGGAAAGAUGAAAGUGAAUGGCCCGCAGAUCGCGUGAACCAAACGAUAUCAAAUGACGAUCCAGAAGUAAAAAAGGUUAAUUUUGUGAAAUAUCGCGCUGACAACGUACUGUCACCAGCUGCACGUGAAGUGCUCGAUAAACUGAUGUCAUAUUUCUCGUCAUGGUAUAAACUGAAAAGGGCUGUAGCAUGGAUCUUAAAGAUUCGCAAAAAACUUCUUCACAGAGCUAAGGCAAAGGGGGUUAGUGUUGCAGUUCCUAGCAUUAGUGAAAAGAAACCAUAUGUAACGGUUGAUGAUUUGAAGCAUGCGGAAAUGAGUAUUUUAUGUUACACCCAGAAAUGUGCCUUUCCGGAAGAAAUUGAAACACUGACAAACAAUGAAUCUACAUGUAGAUUAAAGCGAAACAGUGUCAUACGAAAUUUAGACCCUGUUAUGGAAGAUGGGCUUUUACGCGUUGGAGGCCGCUUACAAGACUCCGGAAUGCCUGAAGAACGUAAACAUCCAGUCAUUCUACCUAAAAAUUAUGAAGUGUCUAAACUGAUUUUAAGAGAAAUUCAUGAACGUUUGAAUCAUGUUGGACGAAAUCAUACAUUAUCAGUCCUGCGUGAAAAGUACUGGCUUAUAAAUGGGCCAUCCGCGGUGAGGAAGGUGAUUUCAAAAUGUGUAGUUUGUCGGCGUCAAAAUGCAAGUGUCGGAGAACAAAAGAUGUCGAAUUUGCCUAGAGACAGGGUUACUCCUGAUGAACCACCAUUUACUCGGGUUGGUGUUGACUAUUUUGGACCAUUUGAAGUUAAACAAGGCCGAAGUUUAGUGAAAAGGUACGGCGUAUUAUUUACAUGUUUGACCAGUCGAGCUAUUCAUCUUGAAGUGGCUGCUUCGCUCGAUACUGAUUCCUAUAUAAAUGCAUUAAGACGUUUUAUCGCGCGUCGUGGUCAAGUUACUAUUAUCAGGUCUGACAAUGGUAGUAAUUUUGUUGGUGCGGAAAGGGAGCUUAAAGCUUCAAUUCAAGAAUGGAACGUAAAUCUUAUUCAGGAUAUGUUACGGCAAAAGGACAUUGACUGGAAGUUCAAUCCGCCUGCAGGAUCUCAUCAUGGUGGAGUAUGGGAAAGAAUGAUUAGAUCGGUACGACAAAUUUUGAAAAGUGUUCUUAAACAGCAGACCUUAUCUGACGAAGGUUUGCAUACAUUAAUGUGUGAAAUUGAAUCAAUCAUUAACAGUAGACCAAUAAGUAGAAAUUCUGAUCAUCAUAAUGAUCUUGAAGCUUUGACACCAAAUCAUCUUUUGUUGUUGAAGCGCAAUCCAAACUUACCACCCGGUGUAUUUGUGAAAACUGAUAAUUACUGUAGACGUCGUUGGCGUCAAGUGCAAUACAUGGCUAACUUGUUCUGGUCCCGCUGGACCAACGAAUACUUAUCACUCCUUCAAGAGAGAGCAAAAUGGUAUAAUAGAAAAAGAAACUUUAAAGAGGGGGAUAUUGUGCUAAUUGUGGAUUCGAACGCUCCGAGAGGCUCAUGGCCUUUGGGCAGGGUUGUGGCAGCUAUGCCUGACAGACUAGGGUUUGUUAGACGAGUUAGGGUUAAAACUGCCCAUGGUACAUAUCUGGACCGUCCUAUUGACAAGUUGUGUUUGCUCCUUGAAAUGGAAGAGUGACAAUUCUUAACUAUGCGUGGCUAAAGCUUAAGCCAUAACUGUGUACAUUUAUAUAGACUUGUGCUAUCUGUUGAAUAUUCAGUAUUUUGCUUUAAAGACUCAUAUCGUAAUAAUUAUUUCAUAUUAUGAUACUGAUUAAGAUUCUUGAUAAAACAUACUUCAUACAUUAUCUUGAAUUUUAUGUAUGUUAUUUCAUUUUAAGACGCCAUAUUAUAGCAUGUACAUUUGCUUAAAAUGCUGUAAAAUCGUUAUUUUUGUAAGAAUUUAAUUUAGCAAUCAUUUCACUACUGUUUUUUGAUGUCAAAAUUUUUUAUAUCAAGUUUUGCACGUUAGGAUUGUAAUUGUUAAACAAUUAGGGGGCUGGGAUGUAGGUGCCACCUACGUAUAUAGAGUUGUUAAAACAGAUGACAGCGAUAUUUUUUGUUGUCGUAAAAGUUUUUUAGUAAAAGAGCAUGGGUCUUGUUUUUUGAAGAAAAAUUUCGUUGUUUCUAGCCAUUUACAUGUACUGAAUUCCCUGGGACAAUCUUAAUUUGGUAAAUAUAGUUGUUUUCUAUUUUUUGCAUUGUUCACUACAUGUAUUUAGGCUAAUUAUUGCCUUUGCGGGGAUUUCUAUUACCCCACCCAUUGCGUUUUGCAUUACGAAAAAUGUUAAGCAUCUCAAAAGGUUUGAUAGAGUAAUUUCUGUUUAUUUAUCGAUAUUUCUAGUUGCUAGGCAUUCUUUUAUGCAGUUUUAAGUAAUUUAUUUUGGCUAGAUACAUUAUGUAGGUGAUUUCCAUGUUAAGAGAUUAUUUCCAAGGGAAGCAAAUCUUACAAUUUUUGGAAUAUGCUUAACAGAGUUAUCUUUCCUUGACAAAUGUACAUCACUGUAUUUUAAUGUGUUGGUUUAUGACAUGGAUAUUUAGUGUAUUUCUUUGUUUAUUUUCAGUAUAUCGUUUCCUGUUGUUUCAAGUCAUUUUCAAGAGAUUGUUUCAAGAUGUAAUUGUUAGGGGAAACGCAUUGACAAAUUUGAUUAAAUAUUAUAUAAACAGUUUA